AUGAUUGCCAACCGAAGUUUCAGCCCUUAUAAAGGCUUUUUAGGACAACAGCAACAGCAAAAGGGCAAGAUUGGUGGGGGAAGGCAUUCGUAUAAUAUGUAGUAAACAAAAGUCAGCUGUUUUUCGUUCCGUUUUUGCAAACGCAGUUCACAGAAAUAAUAGCAAUGUUUAUACUACGUUCCAGAACGAUAGUAAAGCCGAAAAUCCUUGCUCUUCCAAGCCCUUUUUGUCGUUACCUACAGUACAAUCAAGGUCAAUCUCCGGAGCCGAAAAUACGCGAGUACUUUUACUACAUUGAUCAUGAGGGAAUGCUCUUUCUCGACGAUGCGAAGAUGAAAAACUUUACUAGCUGCUUCAAGGAAAAGGAUUUUCUCAGGUUCUUUUUCAAUCGCCUGCGUCUGAACAAAACGAAUCGAUAUGAAAAGGACUUUCCCUACAUUUCUCUCUGUGGACGCGAAAGGAAUUUUAUACGAUGCGAUGACACGCCGCUUGUGUUCACCGAACAAUUUAGAAAAGACGAUAAGGAGGUGCUCAGCUAUGCGCACUCGGGACAGGUCCUAACGCUGCCCUACGAGCCCCAUAAACUGUACAUGGAUCCGCGAAACGGAAGGGUCUAUCAUCCAGCGACUCCACAGGUGGGCGGAAUCGGCCUGGUGCGCUCCAAACUGGCCAUAGAACUCAGUCAGCACUUUGAGUUUCCCGCGGGCCAGGCUUCCCCCACUCAUUUUCAAUGGAACGGGGAACGAUUGAAGCUGCAAAACGACUGGGUUGGCAAUACCCAGCGAUUUCCCAUGAACGAGGAGUGUUUAUAAUCGAGUAACUUUAAUGGAUUAAAUUUGAGACAACGUUAGUACUACGUAGAUAACUUACAGAGCCAGUA